AUCACUUCCGCUCGGUCUGACCAAUCGCGUGGCUCUGUGGCUCAGCAGCAGCGUUGCAGUGUGGGGGAUCAUACACGGAGAGAGAGAGGGAGCGACUGGAGGGGAGAGACUCGACCUGGGUGACCGCUCUGGACGAACGCCACCCCCGCUUCCCUCUGACACACUCACCGGGAGACCAGCAUCACCAGCCUCGGUCCGGGUGACCCUCAGUGAGUGACAAAUGUGUGACAAAGCAGAGAACCACUUUCCUCUCCCAGUGGAGAUCUGAGUUCCGGGACACUGAGGCAGCCGGUGGGGGUCUCUGAGGAAGAUGCUGGGUUCAGAGCGCGGUGUUGUCGAAGAAUGGCUCUCAGAAUUCAAGUCCUUACCAGAAACCCACAUCCCCAGCUACGCCGGCAGCCUUCACUUAAAGAAGUCCCUGGUGCCAGCUCUCUACAGAGUCAUCCAGGACCCCAACAAUGAGCUGCUGGAGCCGGUGUGCCACCAGCUGUUUGAGCUGUACCGGAGCUCUGAAGACCGCCUGCGACGCUUCACUCUGCAGUUCCUGCCUGAGCUGGUGUGGGUAUAUCUGCGGGUCACGGCCAGCAGGGAUCGUCAGAGCAAUGGCUGCAUUGAGGCGCUCCUCUUGGGCAUCUAUAACCUGGAGAUUGUCGACAAAGACGGCAACAGCAAGCUCCUGUCCUUCACAAUCCCAUCGCUGUCCAAACCAUCAAUAUAUCAUGAGCCUUCUAGUCUGGGGUCCAUAGCACUGACAGAGGGGGCUCUGUGUCAACAUGACCUGAUCAGAGUGGUGUACAGCGGCCUCCACCCACAGAGAGAGACCUUCACAGCGCAGAACAGGUUUGAAGUGCUGUGUUUCCUCAUGCUCUGCUACAACUCUGCUGUGGUGUACAUGCCCAUCUCUUCCUAUCAGUCGAUCUGCAGAAUGAGCUCACGGUUGUGUGUAUGUGGCUUCCCUCGGCAGCAACAGAAGCUUUGGCGGGAACCUUGCAACCGUGUGCUGCUGGACCCUGAGUUUAUGGUGCAGAUGCUGACUGCUGUGUAUCAUGCCAUAUACAAUGGAGAAUGGGAGAUGGGGCGGGAAGCUCUAGAGGACAUUCUGUACAGAGCUCAGCUGGAGCUUUACUCCCAACCUCUCCUGCUGGGGAACGCUAUGAAGAACUCGCUGCCAGAAAGUGCUCCCGACGAGUCGCAGGGGCGCAAGGUGCUCCAAGUGGAGGUGACGCCAACCAUAAGCCGCAUCUCUAUCUCAGCCAUCACAACUGCCUCCAUACGGCGCCACCGCUGGAAAAGAGAGGAUGCUGAUGGCAUGAGCGGCGGGGAAGAUUCCUUCAACGUCAAUGACCCAGACGAGGGUUUCUCCUCCGGGGCAUCCAACAGCAGCCAGCCCAGCGGCAUCAAGGCAAGCGGCAGCGUAGGGCCACGGGGCGGCAGCCUGAACAGCAGCAGCAGCAGCAUCAAGAAAGCCAUCACAGCCCGACUGUCACGGGACAAAGAGAGAGAGAAAGAGCGGGAGCGGGAGAGAGCAGCAGAAAAACAGGCCGAAUUGUCUACUGAUCACCAGGCGGCUGCAAGGAGGCAUCACCAGAGGCAGCAGUCGCCUCCAGCCAGCAUCACCUUGGAUGCCAUCCAGCUGAGCCCCAUAAAGAAGCACCUGAGCUUCCCUGUGGGGCCCACACUAGUGCGGACUGGUAGCACCUCCUCCAGUAAGUCCUUUGACUGCAUGAAUUUCAACCUGAACGGAGGCAAGGACGAGCGAGAGGAAGCACUGGGAGGCUCAGACAAGGAAGGGGAGCUUCCAGCAGGCGGCUCCCACCGCCACUCCACCAUUAGCCUGCAGGAGGAGCACCUGAUCAGGCCAGAGGAUGCCCAGGACCUCCUGUCUCCUGGAGCUCCCCUCACCAAGCAGUCCCGCUCCCCCAGCUUCAACAUGCAGAUCAUAUCACAGGUCUAACGUGCAGGGCAUAAUACACACACACACACACACAGACAUGCAAAACUUAACCAUCAAAGUGUGUUAACACCGAACGCGGCGUGAUUACAUACAAAGUGAGAGAGAGCCCUGGGCGUUUUGACAAAUGCCAAGCUCAAGUUGAAAUCUUUGAACUUUCGGUCAAAUUUGCGUGAUGCAAUGUCCCAUCAUCCAAUCGGCGCUGAGAAUGAAACUCUGUGAACUCAGUCCUGGCACCGACCCGAGCUAGAGAGGGAUCAAACUGGUCUCUGCUCAGCCUCAGGUGGAGCUGGAAACCAUAGUCAUCUAGACAAAGCUCCCUUUUGAGCCGGUGACAGUCCCCAAGCUGUUUUUCCACAACACGCGAUUUACCGGAAUAAACACGAAUGAUGGUGAAGCGCGUUUAAAGCGUCGUGAAAAUUUGCUCCAUUUUCGGUGCGAACACACCAUUGACUCCUACAACUUCUGUCUACCUGUGUGUGAAAACGUGUGUGUGUGUGUGUUAAGGAACACACCCUUUCAACAUCCAUUAAAUAAAAAUUGUCCUGCAGUUACUGAGAAUGCAACAAGAAAGUAGUAAAAUCAUAGCAGCCCACUUCGGUUACCACAGUCGAGCAUUAAAGAGUCCCUGCUGUUUUCGUGGAGAGAAAAGUCGUAAGGAUGCCACGCUAGCUGUAGGGGAAGUAUGACAUUUCAGAUUUUUCUUGAGUUCCUGACUGAAUCAGUCGUCAUGAAUCAGCAAUAACACUUAUCGUCACUGAAGAGUUCUCUUCAUUCCUUCCCUGUCAUUCCCGGGCUCACGUGCAAUCGUUCUUGCUGAUUAUCUUCCUUUUUAAUUGCUGUUAAAAUGGGAAAUGGUUUUACGAAAAAUUAAUAAUAUUUAGUUAAUUACAAUCCAAAGAAGAUAGAUUUUGUUUUCGUUCACUAUGCUGAAAUCAGAUUUUGUCAGUUCCAAAUGAUUCUCAGCCCUCGACUUGAAUUUUGUUCUGAAAAUUAUUGUAAUAAUAAUUAUUAUCUGAUUUGAUCUAUAAAAUCAAACUUUUAAGAUUGUUGUUAAACCAAACUGGAAUGUGAUAAGGGUUUGUCUUGCCCCAGACUUUUAACCUGGCAAAUCACUACUGUGCAGCUACAGGAGGAAAGAAUUCCUCUUGUGAUUUGAUAUAAAAGCUGAAACUUGAGUAAGAACUGGAUGAAAACAUUGAGACGGUGCAGGUUUGUGUCUGAAGCUAAAGGCAAUGACUGUAUUUUGUAUUGGAUUGUUUUUUCUGGUUUAAACCAUUGAAAUCUGAAAGCACUUAUUGGUGUCGAGGCGUGUGCGUGGCGUUGUCUCUGAUCCGUUGAAUUUGCCGCUGGAGGAUCAUACUAGUCACUGUAGAUCAGCAGUAACCACGAUGGUGGUCUCGUCGAGCUGCGCUCUGAUUGGAUGCUCAUGAAACAUUUUGUUCUACCUCAUUGUGUGUUCACCUGCCACUCAGACACCUGUCUCCCAAUCAGAUGCAGGAUUAAAGACCCCAUUAGGUUUGAAACCGGAGCACUCGACCAGUAUAGCGAGGGACCAACAAGGUUUCACACUGCAACUAUAACGACACUGAUGAAUCUGAGGAGUUUCGACUGAAAUUCUGGGCCGCGCAUUUCAGUUCAAUCGCAUUGUGCACAAACUCACAACCUCUGUCUUCAGGUUUUCAUUUUCUCUGUCAUAUAUCAAACAACCACACUGGGAGUUAACCUGAUAAUUUACCUAGAGAAAUGUCCUGCUUAUCUUUUUAUUUAUGGAAUAAUUUUCAAAGUGCAAUUUUGUUCUCCUCACGUGCAUGGAGUUGGAUCUUCUCUGCUGUUAAAUGCCUGCAUCUGUGCACAGUGCUAGCUAACCUUCUCUAGUGUUUCCUGCCCAGACUGAGUGAUUUUAAAACAUGGCGUGCUUGUCUGCAUGUUUCGUGCCCUGCAAAGCACUGCUGAUUUUUAGAUGCGUGAUUUAACAAGUUGGACCCAAGUCUCGUCUUUUGCCAGAUGUGCCAACACACAUCCUCUUAAUCUUUUUCGCUUGGGUGUCUUAAGUUAAAAUGCCUUUUUUUCUGUUUACUUGUCUUAUUUUAAAUUUAAGGCACAAAAAGGGAUUUUUGGACGUGUGGCUCAACGUGCCCUUAGAUGCGGCUUCACCUUUUUUGCCAUGAACCUUCUUUUCACUUGUCACUCGUGUGUGCGACACACUGUACUUUCACAAUCAUUACUAAGCUUUGCUGUUCACGUUAAAAAGCAGUAUAGUAAGCGUCUGUGUACUGUAGCCGUCAGCUGUUGUAUUGCAUUUCCCCACGUCUUGCUCACGUGCUCGUUGAAAACGAGGGUGAAUGAUUAAUGUAUAUAAAAGUCAGUUCAGUCUGCAGUGAAAAUGUCUCCUGCUGUGCUGAAAAACCGUCCCACAGCCGCUGCUCCUGUGGUGUUUUCCCCCUUAAACAUUUCAGGCCAAUCAGCGUUCGAUUGCUGGCCCUUUGGCCUCACGACGCUCCUCCUCCUCCUCCUCCUCCUGCUGGACUGGACUGCGGAAGAAGAAGAAGAGUGCAGUUCACGCUCUCACCUGGUCUGUCUGCCGUCAUCCUCUGUGCUGUGUUGCUCCCAGCGAGCUGUGUUACCAUUUGCUGUAUUUUGCUGUGAGUUGAGUGGCACCCUUUUGCUGUUUUUAAAACUGGUGACGUGUUCAUGUCAUUAAUAUAUGAGUGCCCCUGACCGAGAUUUACCAGCAGCCAUGUUGGUACUGUAUGUUGACUUAGAGUAAUCCCUCAGUGUCUGGUGUUAUUUGCAUGUGAUCGGGGCGGGAAAUGAACGCCGGCUAGCACACGUCCGAUUGGCUGUGGCUGAUUAUUUUAUCUUCCAUUUAUUUUGGCAGAAUUAUCAGCUCAGAAAUCCUCACGUGGUCCACUAACAUUUCAAAAAAAAUCUCUUCAAAGUUGUGGAAAUAUUUUGUUAACUUGGAGCCAGGUCUGCCGUUGCUGCUGGUGAACAAAGGUCAUUUCCUGUCCUGCAUGUGAUAACUGUGGGCUUUGGUUUCAUACAGUAUAAUGCACUUUAAUCCAUCCACCUCUCUCCUCAAGAUAGUUAUAAAUGAUAUAUAUAUAUAGAUGUGCAAAUGUGUAUACACUAAAUGCAGGGUUUUAGUCUCUUUAAAGUAGUACUUCUAUGUGAUGUCACAUCCAACACAAUGCUAUUUUUGUUAGUCUAAGGGUACAGCUAUCUAUUUUUAUUUUUUCAUUUCAAAACCAAAAAAAAAAAAAAGUUCCGUGGUCUGGAAGGUCUCAGGAGUUUAUCAAAAUGCCACAUUUAAAAAUGGCAGCACCAAAAUUUCUGUUCUUGAAGUCAGAAUUUAUUCUAUGCAACAUUUUUUCCCCUUUUUUCCUUUUGUUUUCGAUUCUUGGUAUACAGGCUCUCAUUAAUCCUUGUCGGGUGGGAUGGGGCUGAUGCAUUUAAGCUGAUAUUUAAGGUGCGAGUCCUCAACAGCAUCCCCAUUCAACAGUUCUGUUUGUACACCCUGUUGUGCUGCCACAGAGCGAAGCACCUCUCAUGUGGGUAAGAUACGAGAGAAAGCCACAUCUGGACUUCGGAUGCAUGUUGAGCCCUCAUGUCAGUUCCUCUGUGGCUCAGAGACGUCGGCCAGUGUAUGAAAUGUAAACAGAUGAUCGGUGAUGUAUCUGAUGCUUCGAGGGAAGCUGCUGUAAGAUGUUAUAACACUGUACCACUGCUGUUGUAUAAAUGGAGAGAAAGACUUAUUUUAAAUCUUGUAAAUAUCGAAUGUACAAAGGUGAGAGCAAGGUAAAUU